CGGAUAUGACGGUCCGAAGUACAAACACGGCCAUUGAGAGGCAUAUCCCUUCUACCUACCUAAGGUAUUCAUCAGUUUCACCGUGCAUUGUAGCUGACACGAGAGGAGAGAGUCUAAGCUAUGAGUGGAACGAAAAGCGACAACCCAUGUUCUAGGUUGGGGUAUAUAAGAGCGUCUUGUGAUGCUAGAGAAACAUGAUCUUCUCCUCCCUCUCUUCCAAUCCAACAUCCUCCUCCUCCACUCAACUGUAACCUGUGGUCUUCAACUCUUGUUUCUUUCGUUUCAGCUGGCCUGAUAACUAGCUCUCUCGAACCACGACUCAGAUCAGUCCACACUUGAAGGGCUGAUAGCCAGCCUGAUUCACAAUGUCUCUCCCCAAGGACUUCCAAUGGGGCUUCGCCACCGCCUCGUAUCAGAUUGAAGGUGCUAUCGAUAAGGACGGUCGUGGCCCUGCUAACUGGGAUACGUUCUGCGCUAAGCCUGGCAAGAUCGCAGACGGCAGUUCUGGCGUGACCGCCUGUGAUUCUUACAACCGUACUGCUGAGGAUAUUGCUCUUCUGAAAUCAGUAGGCGCUAAGGCAUACCGAUUCUCCCUCUGCUGGUCUCGAAUCAUUCCUCUCGGUGGUCGAAAUGAUCCCAUCAACCAGGCCGGAAUUGACCAUUAUCGCAAGUUUGUCGAUGAUCUUCUGGAAGCUGGAAUUACCCCUUUCAUUACUCUUUUCCAUUGGGAUGUACCCGAUGAGUUGGACCGCCGCUACGGCGGUCUCCUGAACCGAGAGGAGUUUCCUCUUGACUAUGAGCGCUAUGCUCGUGUUGUUUUCGAGUCUAUCCCUCGCUGCAAGAACUGGAUCACUCAUAAUGAGCCCUGGUGCUCAGCUAUUCUGGGUUACAGCACAGGAUCUAACGCACCCGGUCGCUGUUCUGACCGCAAGAAAUCCGAUGUUGGUGACUCUUCUACUGAGCCUUGGAUUGUUGGUCACAACCUUCUUGUUGCCCACGGCCGUGCUGUCAAGAUUUAUCGUGAGGAAUUCAAGCCCAAGAAUGGUGGUGAGAUUGGUAUCACCCUCAACGGCGACGCCACAUACCCGUGGAACCCCAAGGACCCCAGAGAUGUUGAGGCUGCCGAACGCAAGAUCGAGUUUGCUAUCUCGUGGUUCGCUGACCCUAUCUACUUCGGAGACUACCCGGCCUCAAUGCGCGCCCAGCUCGGUGACCGCCUUCCCACCUUUACCCCCGAGGAAAAAGCUCUUGUUUUGGGAUCCAAUGACUUCUACGGCAUGAACCACUACACUGCCAACUAUGUCAAGCACCGGGAGGGAGAAGCUGCCCCUGAAGACUACGUUGGUAAUCUUGAGCUGCACUUCUGGAACCACCGGGGUGAUUGCAUUGGCGAGGAGACCCAGUCUACCUGGUUGCGACCAUGUGCCCUAGGCUUCCGUGAUCUACUUGUCUGGAUUUCCAAGCGUUAUGGCUUCCCCAGAAUCUAUGUUACCGAGAACGGCACCAGCAUCAAGGGUGAGAAUGACAUGCCACGAGAGAAGAUCCUGCAAGAUGACUUCCGCGUCAAGUACUAUGACGAUUACGUGAGAGCCAUGGCCGAUGCUUCUAGACUCGAUGGUGUGGACGUUCAUGGCUACUUUGCCUGGUCUUUGCUGGACAACUUUGAGUGGGCUGAGGGUUACGAAACUCGAUUCGGCGUAACUUAUGUCGACUACGAGAAUGACCAAAAGCGUUACCCCAAGAAGAGCGCUCAACAUCUAAAGCCCUUGUUUGAUAGUCUUAUCAAGCACGAGGAGCAUGCUGUAAAUGGGAAUGGUGUUAAGGCCGGACAGACCUGAGAAUGAUCGAAUUGAAGAAGAUCAUGAUGAUUGUUACGGUUUCCCGAAUAUGAUACUCCGAUAAAUCUAUUGCAAUUGAAUUUAAAAAAUCGAAGAUGAAUUCUAAUAAUGAGAAGUGCG